UAGCUAGAGGGUUACCAAACGAAGGUAGCGCAACAUCGAACUGAUUACAUUUCGGUGAUAUUCAUUCAUUUGUAUAAAUUUGUAACUUACAAAAACGUACGACAAUAAGAAAUGUGUGCGAACGUUGAUUUUCCCUCCGCAAAGAUGCAGCCCUAAGAGUUAUGUUCUUUUCAAUUGACGAAUCGUCAUGUAAGAAAUUUAAAUCUCGUAGUAUUUCAUUCUCAAUCUUCAAAUCAAAGAACUCUUUGGUUCAAAUGUGGAUACGAGGUAUAAUACGUUUAUCUUCAAAAACAUGUCUGAAAACAUGUCAAGUUACUACAGUAGUAUCCCUACAUAUUCCCUAGGGAAUUUGUAAUUUAGUUCGGGCUGUUCACCGCGAGAUUGCGAUACCAACUAUUGCCCCGUUAACGCGCCUAAUUUAUAUAUAAAUAUACUUCUGUAUAUUCUCACAUAUUUUUUUUUUUUUUUUUUUUUUUUUUUAAUCUGAUAGCAACAUAAAAUGAUGUAAGUAAAUAAAAUACUGAAUUCCUUUGAUUAAUUAAUAUUAAAGCAUUAGUAUUAGAAUAAAAAUAGCAUACUAAUUCCAUUACAGUAAAUUACUGCGCAUGAUUGCGAAAUGCCGCCUUUCCUGUUUCACUAGUGUUUACUUUUUUGAAACACUUGUUACACAGUUGCAAAGCUUCUUGUUUUUAACAAUUUACCAUGAAUAAUGGGACCAGUUAUCCUUCUUGUAUAAAAAUUCCAUCCACAAAUUUAAAACAUAGUGUGACAAAUGAAACGACUGACCGCAAGUUUAAUAUACAAGAAGCAGUGACAUUUAACAAUGAAUUGAUAUCUCUAGCGAAUCAAAUAUUUGGAGAAGGAAAAUGGAAUCAUACUGUAACAAAUCAAUCAAUUGAUUUUGUUGAAACUUUUAUGAGUAAAUAUACUUGUGGAUGUGUGACAUUUGUUAAGAUUCAAUUGCAAGAUGGAACAUUUCAUGAAGAUAUGGGAUAUUAUCUUGCAGAGGAAACUUCAAAAGGAUUAUCUAUACAUAUGGCUAGAAUUGGUUCUUUAACAGAUGCUUUUAAAAAAGUAUUAUCAUGCUUUGGUAAAACAAUAGAAUCUGAAAUUCAAAAUUUGAUAAAAAGGUCGUCUAAUUCAGUGAUACAAACUAUUAGAAAAGAAGAUGUGUGUUCUAUAGAUGAUUUAAAAACUGAUAAGUUUAAACCAUGUGCUCAAUCAACUCCCCUUCUAAGUCAUAAGGAUAACGAAGAAAAAGACAAUCCAGAAAAUAUACCAUGUCCCACAAGCCAGAAUGAUAACGGAAAGCGAAUAUUAUUGCAAACAACAGUGGUCCAAUCUAAGAAGCAAACAGAGAGACAAGAAAAUACUGUUGUAAGUGCUCAAACAGUACAACUUAACAAUCAGAAGGAACAAACUCAGAAGAAAGUGUUAUCCGAAGUGGAACUAUCACGAUUAGAACGGAAGCGAAAACAGAUGGAGAAGCAAGCAGAAUACAAAAGAUUAAUGAAGGAAAGGGAACUACAAAAGGCUGUUGAAAAUAAACAAUCUAUUUCUAGAUUUAAUUCAUAAGAUAAAUAUAUUUGUACAUGUGUAGAAUAGAAAUUAUGAAUAUAAGCAUGUGUUAAUAUCAAAUCAUUGUCUAAGAAGCUAAUUAUAUUAAUUUUGUACAUUUUUAUAAAAUAAAUAUUACAAAUAUACAUUU